AAGGGGUCUCGUCUCACCGCUCGAGCCUGGGCACGUUACCCUUGUGUUGGAUGACAACUCAAGGUGGCAUUUUCAAGUGGAACACGAAAAUUGAGAAAAAUGUUAAUCCCGCUGGUGAAGUUGGGAACGUUUUCUAUUUACCCUACAAAGUUACUGUGUGGAUGCCUUUAAAGGAACCUUUAAGAGGCCAUUUUGGCAGGAAACUUCCCCCCCCCCCAAUUAGGCUAUGCGUGAGUUUUAAACAUUUUCUUCUGCAACAGGUGCAACAAGUCACAGAAAAAGUAGUAGGGGCUGACUCCUGUUGAAAAGGAACUUUCUAGGAUCCCGUUAUUCCUUAAGCUUCGAAAGUCCGCAGGGCUCUUGAGCGGGCCGAGUUAAGCCUCUCUCUUCGACCAGGCAGCUGUGCCACCUCCUAAAGCCGCUCCUCCUGUGCAAGCAUGCUGAUCCUCCUGGCGUUCAUCAUCCUCUUCCACAUAACCUCAGCUGCCUUUUUGUUCAUCUCUACCAUCGACAGUGCUUGGUGGGUCGGAGAGGGUUUCUAUACGGAUAUUUGGCACUGGUGCUUCAAUGGGACGAACUGCACAGCGCUUGACAACACCUUCUCCGACUAUGAAGCGAUACAGGCCAUUCAAGCCACGAUGAUCUUGUCCACCAUCCUCUGCUGCGCGGCUUUUUUCGUCUUCAUCGUUCAACUCUUCCGCCUAAAGCAAGGGGAGAGGUUUAUUCUGACGUCGAUCCUGCAACUCCUGUCCUGUCUGUGCGUGAUGAUUGCGGCCUCCAUUUAUACCGACCGACACGAAGAACUGCACAAAGACCCCCACUACGCCGUCUUUGGCGUGAGCGGGGGCCAGUACGGAUACUCGUACGUCCUGGCCUGGAUCGCUUUCGCCUUCACUUUGCUGAGCGGCGUCAUGUACCUCAUCUUACGGAAGCGCAAAUGAAAGGGCAGGAGAGCAAAGUCAGGAGUGAGCCCGAACCCUAACCCGCCCCUUCUCCACGCAGUCCCUGCUGGAAAUCCAGUAAACCCCCCCCUUUUAUUUUUUUAUUUUUAAUUUUUUUGUAUAUAGUCAGAAGCAGUUUUGUGGCAAAGUUACGGCCGUUCCUUUCCCGGCCCCUGGUGCGAAACAAGGACCUGUGAGAGACAAGGAACGGCAGGUGGGUCGGAAUGGCCGAGCCACCCAGGUAGGGAUGGCAGAUAUGAAAACGACCUGCCGUCUUCAGGGACUCACCUUGGCAAACCCUCCAUCACUGGUGGGGUCUCUUUGGGCCAUUUCUUGUGACGUGGCCCCCAAAGCAGCCGUCUUGUGGGCUGGCGUUAACGAAACACCGGGCAGCGGGUGGGGGGCCCUCCGGGAUUCCUGCUGACAGCUGGCAAGAGCGCCAUGCAAGCAACCCACGGCCAGCCGGGCACCUGAAUUCUCUCUGCAGAGAUACGGAGAGUUCUAUGCCAUCUGAGUGGCUCCUGGACCCCCAACGGGUCUGGGGGACGCGUGGUUCCACCCACUCGGCGUUCCUCUUUCAGGGCCAAGCACGCCCUGGCGAGGGGUUCCCGGAUAGUGAACCCAGAGUGGUGGUGGUGGGGACGGCACCGUCGGUUUGUUCCUUGAGACACCCCCUCCCCGGGGCAGCAACCCAUGCCCAGGCCGCACGGCAGCCAGGAGCCUCUUGGCCGCAAAAGUCCUGCGCACGGCGGCUCGAGGGGCACAGAAGGAGCACUCUUGAUGGGUCACGAGGCCAGGACUUCCCUCAGACUAAACAACCGCUUUGGGACACUUGCGCGCAGACGGUCAAAUCUUUGCCUCCAAAGCUACCUCGAGAGGGUCCAAGUUACCCGCGGCCUCAAUCCGCGUAUCCGGAGCCUUUGGCAGAAAAUGAGCUCUGCCAGCCCACGCUGCGAGGGUCAUCUCCGCUUUAGCGUGAAUUAGUCUUCCUUCAUUGUUACAUCUUCCUGGCCUUUCAGAGGAAUUUUAUAAGGAAAAAAAUAAUAAUAUUAAAACCCUUUGAGAAUGUA